AUGAAGUGGAGAAAGGCUAAUUCAAUGGGGAGAAGAAGGAGAAGAAGAAUCUCACUGCCAAGAAGAAACAGGGAUUCUAGUGAUCGAAACUGCAAAAUGGCAGUAGCCCAUAAGGGUCAUUUUGUGGUAUACACAAUUGACAAGAAAAGGUUUGUGGUUCCUUUGCGAUAUCUUAAUCAUAACAUCUUGAUGGAACUCUUCAAAAUGUCAGAAGAAGAGUUCGGAUUGCCAGCUGAAGGGCCUAUUACGUUGCCAUGCGAUGCUGUGUUCAUGGAAUAUGCUCUUUCUUUGGUGCAGCAAUAUGCUUAUGAAGAAUUGUUGCAGAAGGCUCCGCUCAUUUCCAUGGUAACUAGCCGCUGCUUGACACAUUCUUUGAGCCCACAAAAUCAGAAGAGCCAACUAGCACUUCUUCCUUGCUUCUAG